CUCUUUUGCACACACACACACACACACACACACACACACACACACACACACACACACACACACACACACACAUACGCACACAAAAACACACACACACACACACACACACACACACACACACACACACACACACACAAACACAUAUGCAAAGCCUCGAAAGACAAGGCCAAAUCUUGAACGGACAGAUUAUAUCUUCACAUCAAAACAGGUUCCCAGUCACCAUGGCGGUCUUUAAGAACUUCUAUCUGAGAGGUGGUCCAAGCCUAGAGAACUCCUUGAUCCUCCGCAGGAUGAGCCUCAACCUCACCCCCCACCAUCACAACCCCUUCCACGGUGAGGAGGAGGAGGAGGGGGGUAGGCAUGGCAACCCCGGCCAGUGGCCCCCCAGCAGCUCACUGCUGGACGGGGCCCCCCCCCGCGACCAACCUUUCGAGGAUGAGGAGGAUGAGAACGAGGCCAACGAGGGGGAAGAGAGGAGGGCCUAGGGAGGAGGCACCAGAAAGGGCUCCUUCAAUUCUCGCCCCCUGAAGAGUCUGGGGAAGCUGGGGAAGAACCUGAGGCUGUCGGCCCGGAGCACCAGCGACACGCCAUCGCCCCAUGGAAGCCCCUCCCCAUCUGAGAAGAAGAGAGGGCGAAGGAGCUCAGAGGGCAGCCUGCUGAGUACAACCACAGUCUCCUACUGGUUCAACUGGAGCUGCCCAGUACACCCACAGUCUCCUACUGGUUCAAACUGGGAGCUGCCCAGUACAACCACAGUCUCCUACUGGUUCAACUGGGAGCUGCCCAGUACAACCAACAGUCUCCUACUGGUUUCAACUGGGAGCUGCCCAGUACAACCACAGUCUCCUACUGGUUUCAACUGGGAGCUGCCCAGUACAACCACAGUCUCCUACUGGUUCAACUGGGAGCUGCCCAGUACAACCACAGUCUCCUACUGGUUCAACUGGGAGCUGCCCAGUACAACCACAAUCUCCUACUGGUUCAACUGGGAGCUGCCCAGUACAACCACCACAGUCUCCUCCUACUGGUUCACACUGGGAGCUGCCCAGUACAACCACAGUCUCCUACUGUUCAACUGGGAGCUGCCCAAACCUGACCAGAACCCCCCUGUGUGUCCAGUGCUGGAGAUCCUGGAGCUGGUGAAGAAGAGAGACCUGCUGCUGGCCGACGCCCACAUCCUGGAGCUGGAGCAGGAGUGCACCCGAGGCCGCUGCCACCCGCGUCGCCGGUUUCCCCGGCGACAGCGGGAGGAGGUGACCAGCCCAGCAGGUCGUCCGACGGGCGGGGGCCGGCGCAAGGCGAAGGACGUGGAGCUGCUCUACGAGGCCCUGCAGGCGGAGCUGGGUGGGGCGGGUGCUGAGGAAGCCCUCCGCUCCCCCACAGCAGGGCCCAACCUGGGCCUGGUGGUGCAGGUUAUCCAGCAGGAGGAGGAGGAGGACAGGAAGAGGGCCCUCCUCCCGGGGCCCCCGGGGGGGUCUCGUCCGCGGGCUCUGAAGCAGAGGUGGAGGGAGGCGAUCGGGGAGCUGGCGGACAGCUCCCUCCCCCAGGGAGCAGACUUCUCUCCCGGGUCGCUGGCCGGCUUCCUGGACCGGAUCAGGACCCGGAUGGUGGAGGACCUCAUGGCUGCCAAGAGGAACGCAGUCCCUGUUUACCCGGAGGAGUACCAGGCCUUCCAGGUGUAUGUGGAGAGCUAUCACCUGGCGGUUGCUAAGCGACUGGAGGGUGUAACUAAGGACCAGCUGCAGAUCUGUGACAUCUAUUCGCUGCUAGACUGGUUCUACAACAUCUACAACAGUGACGUGGUGGGAACCAUAAGUAUAACCACACCCUUCAACCGUUCCCAAUUAGGUCCUCUGUUGUCAUCUGAGACUGUAGACAGACUGGAGCUGGACUGUCUUAACUCUGUCAGGGCAAACGUGACAACAGAGCUGUCUCAGGUGCUGGAGGAGGAGGAGAAGAGGUGGAUGGAGACGCUGCACAUUGAGGAGUUCCACAUAACACUAGCUAACACUGUGAUACAGCGGCUACAGGUUGACCUCGAUCGAUCAGUCUCUGUUAACAAGAGCCUGGGAAUCAGAGUCACACAGUGCACACUCAACGGACUGGCAGACUUCCUGUACAGUUUCCAGAGGAAGGUGGAGAUGUUUCAUGAGGGGAUGUCAAGUGGGAUGUUUGGAGACAAUGAAGACGGAUACGUCUCGAAAACAAUCGCUAUGGUCAACUGCUGCCCCCCCUUCAGGUGUUUCCUGAAGAGCUGUUUGCAGGUGGAUGCCGUUUCCAUCAGCGAGGAUUCAUGUCGUCGAGGGAACGGUGCCUUGGACCGCAUCGUCACGCUGGGGGUCCGUGUCCUGGCAGACCGUCUCUUCCACACCAUCAGGCCGUGCUUUGAAAGGUUGGUGAAGAAGAAGUGGUUGACCAAUCCGGAGCCAUACAAGCACAUCGAGUCUCUGAUCAAAGAAAGCUUUGCUAAGUACAGACGGAUGGAAAGUCCUCCUUACCAGGUGCUGGUGGGCCAGCUCCACAGCAAGGUGCUGCAGGAGUACCUCAGGAUGCUGAUGAGGGGGAAGAUCAUCUGCACCUCGUCCAAGACGAGGAAGAAGAUGUCCGCACGCCUCAAGGAUGAAGGACAGCAGAUUAGAGCCCUCUUCAAAGAACUGGAGUCCCCAGCUUCGUGGUUGGACGGGGUCCUGUCCCACAUCUCUGAGAUCAUCGUGUUGGAGGACGUUCCCUCCAUCCAGAUGGAGGUCGGGGUUCUGGUGCGAGAGUUCCCUGAUGUCAGGAAGAAGCAUGUGUCGGCCAUCCUGAACAUCCGGGGGCUGAUGCGGCAGACAGAGCGGCAGGAGAUCCUGAACAUCGUGACGGACAUGGAGAGCAGCCCCGCCCCCAUGGCCCGGAGCCGCGCCCUCUUCUCCGAGGUCCCGGUCACCCCGGAGGUCCACUGCCUCAACCUGGGCCUGAGCCGCGCGGCCCUGGCCAUGUCGACCUGCUUCAGCCCCGCACGGCCCCCCCAGGGGUCCCCCCGCCGCCGCGCCCAGCACAACCCCGACGAUGACCUCUGACCCCUUCAGGCCAAACCCCGACGAUGACCUCUGACCCUUUCAGGCCAAACCCCGACGAUGACCUCUGACCCCUUCAGGCCAAACGCGGACUAGAACCUCUGACCCCUCCCAACAAGACCAUGACCUCUGACCCCUCCCAACACAACCCUGACCAUGACCUAUGACCCCUCACAAAACAACCCUGACCAUGACCUCUGACCCCUCCCAACACAACCCUGACCAUGACCCAUGACCCCUCCCAACACCACCCUGACCAUGACCUCUGACCCCUCACAAAACAACCCUGACCAUGACCUAUGACCCCUCACAAAACAACCCUGACCAUGACCUCUGACCCCUCCCAACACAACCCUUACCAUGACCUCUGACCCCUCCCAACACAACUCUUACCAUGACAUCUGACCCCUCCCAACAUUAACCUGACCUCUGAACCCUGCAAGUAAAAUCAUGACCUCUGACCCCUCAAUGACCAACCAUGACCUCUGACCAAUACUGCAGGACACAGAGAGAAGGAGAAUGGCGUGGGGAUAAAUCGCUCUCCCUUAAUGCAUUAGGGUCGGCGGUAGGAUAGGCUUAGUGUUUGUAAGUCUAAUCAAUGUUCAGUUUUCACAUGCACAAAAAGGAAUCAAGAAUGUUUCUAGAUCAAAGAAAAACUCAUAUUGAUGAUUGAUAGAUGGUUGCAAUGGUGCGGUGCCGUUAUUCCCAUGCACUUCCUAUCUCUUCCAAUAGCAGACAUUCUGACACAUUCCUAUUGGACCGGCUCCAGGACUGAUUGAGACUGAAAGACCGCCCUGUGGGGAAGUCUACCAGCCUGUUGUUCUGCAGAGAGAGCUGGGCCUAGAGGGUUCUGCCCUGUGUUAACCACAGGGCCGACCGGCCUAGGCUCUCCAGACACCUACCGGGGUUACUUACAGCUGGUGGUCACGGCCUUUGCUCUGCCAUCCAGAACCCUUUCCAGUGAAACAGCUGCAGUGUUUCACCGCCGUCUUAGGAUGAAUCGUUCUACGUGUGGAGAGGUCUCAGAGCGGGACUCAGAAACUCAGAAACUCUCCUUGAUGUCUGAACUUCCACAGGAACCAUGACGCUAACUCUAACUCCAGACACAAACUAUGAGAAACCAGUAAACAAACAACCAACACUGAACAAGCAGAAGAGCCGAUAUGUCUGUGUUUGAUUUAAGGUACGAGGUGAUUGUCUCUGUGUAUUUAAAGAUCCACACUCUCUGGACAAGGUCUGGUCGUUUAAAGUCAUGGGGGAGGAUACAACUAUGAGAGUAAAGUAGUUUUUCUUCUUUCAUGAUGCAUCGUAGUAGUAAGAGUGGUUAACACAUUUGGGUUUGGGCAUAAGGCUUUAAGGCUUUGGUGAUCUAAACUGAUUGGUUGCUUUCAGACGCUAACGUCUUUGUGGUUUAACCACAAGCUGCACAACAGAUUAAUAACUGAUUCUGAGAUAUAUUGAAAUGUACUGGAUGCUGUAGAGUGCGGCCUUUAGAAGAGAUAAACCUAAAUAUACUGGAUGUUGUGUAGAGGGACUUUUAGAAAGUAUAAACUUUAAUGUACUGGAGGCAGUGGAGAGGGAACUUUAGAAAUAGAAACCUUAAUGUACUGGAUGCUUUAUAGAGGGACCUUUAAAAAGUAGAAACUUUGGGAUGUAAAUCUGGCUUCACCAUGAUUUGUUUAUUUAUUAGGGAGUUUGAUUAUAUGUGAUCUAUAUCACUUUAAAAUGUGAUGUUACAAAUUAUUAUGAUUGUCACAGCUACUAGAGUCAUCUCAAUCCGAUUUUAUGAAAUUAUUUCAUUGUAAGUGGAAUGGAUGGUCAGAUGAUGUUGGUGAAUGAAAUGUUCUUACCUGGCAAUAACUUCAGAGAAAUAUAUAUAUUUUUCAUUCACAAUUGUAUCAUGAAAGAACAUCUGGGGAUAUGCGUUAUUCGUAACAUUUUAUUAAUUUGAGCUAGUUGGGAAAUGUUAAUAAAAUAUUCACACAAAA